UUUGCUGUUCCAAGCGAUGAAAUUUUGAACAUUGAAGUUUUCAUUGGCAAAUCACGAAAACACCAUAAAGAGCUUAUAAGCGUGCAACUGCCACGUAAAAAAUCGAAUGAUAGAUGCAGUUUCAUUGUUCAAUGUUCGUUUUGUUUACAUUUAACUAAUUUUAUUAUCUGUGACGUGAUAAGUGGUUCGUCUAGUUUACACUGUACCUCAUAUUUGUUGUAACACCGACAGAAAAACAAUGUAUGAAAUAUGACCGGAUUAUGCCAAAACUAAAUCCAAAUUUCCAAAUUCCUUUGAAGAUUAUGGCAAAUCAUAUAUGAUUUGUUUUUGGAUUAAACUGCUAUGUUAUCCGCGUGGAUUAAAUGAAGAAAAAACUAAUAUUGCCUUAACGAGUUAAUUAUUAUAAAACGAUAACUGAUAUAGUUGACUGAUUCAUAUUGUUUGCACCAUUCCCAACUAAUCAGCUGGCAGAUUUGUAGAAAGAUGGCAGCUUUUAACAUUAAGGGAAAAGUCGCUGUAGUGACUGGUGGUGCAGCUGGUUUAGGUUUCCAAUUUGCCCGUCAUUUGUUAAAAAAACAAGCCAAGGCUGUAGUUCUGGCAGAUAUAUUGCCAGAAUCCGGACAGAAAGCGGUUUUGCAGCUUGAAAAGGAGUUUGGUCUAAAUAAGGCCAUUUUUAUUAAAACUGAUGUUUCAGAUUACGAUCAAUUUGAAAAUGUGUUUAAAACAACAGUCAGUACCUAUAAAAACGUGGAUAUUUUAAUCAACAAUGCGGGAAUAUUCAACGACUCCAUUUGGCAACGAGAAAUUGAAAUUAAUCUGAAAGGCACCAUUAACGGGGUGUUGCUGGCCCUGGAAAAUUACAUAAAAAAUAACAAAUCUGGAGAAGAAGGCCUGAUCGUAAACGUAUCCUCUAUAGCUGGAAUAGCUCCGUUGCCUCUAAUGCCAGCUUAUGUGGCUACCAAGUUUGGGAUACACGGCUUAACAUUGUCGUGGGGGUCAGUUGAGCAUUACAACAGAACUAAAGUUAGAGUUGUGGGCAUUUGCCCUGGAGCAACCACAACUCCCAUGCUGACUGAAGUUGCAAACAGAACUUUUGGGGCUGCUUAUGAAGAACUGCUCUACACUGUUGAAGCGGUGCCAGGACAAGGUCCUGAGGAUGUGGGGCCUCAUGCUAUGACCGUUGUUGAGUCCGCCCCAACUGGCACCAUGUGGGUACUGGAAGGUGGGGAACCACCCUUUCAGUUCCAGCUACCAGAUCGGUUUAACCAACCGAAAGUAUUUCUUCGUCAUAAAUUGUAGUUUCAUCUUUUAACAAUAAACUGGAUUUUAUAGGAA